AUGGAUCCUACAUUCCCUCUUUCUUGGAGAUUCUUCAGUGUUAGUGUUAACCUCCCGACGUUUAGCAACUUCAACUUUUUGGUGUCGGAAUCUCCAUUGACACUCCUUCAUGCCAAUGGCUUCCUCGCGCCUCUAUUCGCCCAACCUAUCAAGUAUGACUCCUUCGAUUGCACUUUCGAUUCGCCUGAACAACCUACCAAACAAGAUCAGGUCCAUUCAUUCGACGAAAUUCGUUGCGCCACGUUGAAAAGAUGUGAAAGAUUAUCCAGGCGGAUCUUCUGCAAGUAUUUGGACGUAAUUAUGCCGAUUUGUCGAAACUGCGAAGAUUCGGAUUCACGUACGGACGAAGAAGCUCUAGAACGGAGGAGAGGAAGAUAUAUGAAUUUUCUGGCGUGGUUUCAACCAACUAGACAAAGCGCAGUGACCUACUCUAUUGAUAAUUGGCACCGAUUUUGCGACUCCGAGUGCUCGAUCCACGAGGCGGUUCUGCAUUGCAAGAAACCCAUCGUUGGUGAUAAAUGA